GCGCCAGGGGUUAAGAUGGCGCCCGCCAGGGCUUCGGCGAACGUGAUAGGCCGCGUCCCCUCGCCCGCGCCGCUGCCCCAAUCAAAGGCGGCGCUGGAAGCGCGCGGGGCUGCCGCCCUCCCUCCCUCCCUCCCGCUCCGCGUCCCAGAGUCGCGAGGAUGGCGGCGGCGGCGGCGGCGCCCGAGGGCUUCUGACUGGAAACUGGACCAGCCGGACUGGACAGGACGCCUCCGCAUUACCUCUAAAGGCAAAGUUGCAUAUAUAAAACUAGAGGACAAAGUUUCAGGGGAGCUUUUUGCUCAGGCUCCAAUAGAUCAAUAUCCUGGCAUUGCUGUGGAGACUGUGACUGAUUCCAGUCGGUACUUUGUCAUCCGGAUUCAGGAUGGGAAUGGGCGAAGCGCUUUCAUUGGCAUUGGCUUUGGAGACCGGGGAGAUGCGUUUGACUUCAAUGUUUCCUUGCAGGAUCACUUCAAGUGGGUGAAACAAGAGACGGAAAUCUCCAAGGAGUCCCAGGAAAUUGACAGCCGUCCCAAGCUUGACCUAGGGUUUAAGGAAGGACAGACAAUUAAAUUGAACAUUGGGAACAUGCCAACGAAGAAAAGUGGGUCAGCCAAGCCACGUCCAGCUGGAUCAGGGGGACUAAGCCUGCUCCCGCCACCUCCUGGGGGCAAAAUUGUACCUCCUCCCAUGCCACCUCCUUCCUCAACUGCUAUUUCCAAUCAUGUUACACCGCCGCCGGUGCUGAAAUCCAGCAAUGUGGGCAACGCAGAUAUCCUGCUAGACUUCGAUUUAACACCUCCUGUUUCAAAGGUGCCUGCGCCUGCUGUGGUCCCAGCCACCACAGACCUCUGGGGAGACUUCAACACUGCGUCCAGCACAGUUCCCAGCCAAUCGCCCCAGGCACCCAAUUGGGUCCAAUUCUGAAAGAAUCUGAGUUGGUGACGUAGGAAUGGACCAAUGACAGAGACUCAAGGCGCCUGAA